AUGGCUUCCACUGUUAAGAGCACCAACCCAACAACAACCCAACUUGAACCACUCCCACCACCCCCACAUCUUCAUCCCCAUCAUCAUCAUCAUCAUCCAACUCAAGAACACCAAAUUUCUUUUGGAAUGAUGCCAUCUUCAUCAUCCUCUUCUAUCCCCGGAAACUACUUAAGCAAAGAUUCGGGAGCGUAUGAUUUGGGGGAAUUGGAUCAAGCCUUUUUUUUGUAUCUCGAUGGACAGGCUGACCCUUCCAGUGUUCAACAAGACCAAAGACAGAACUCUUCAUCAUUAGGAAUGAGGCCACCACCAACUCUCAACAUUUUCCCAUCUCAGCCUAUGCACGUAGUGCCUCCAUCCAAUUCCAAGGCUAGCAUGGAAUUACCUUCUCCACAAACCAGUGGCUCCAAAAGACCAUCAACAUCAGAACCGUCCAUGAAGUUGGCCAACCCACCCAGUGAUGCCGCCCCCUCUGCGCCUGAGCCACCCAAAGCUGUAAAACGAGAAAGCAAUCGCAAGGGAACAACGUCAAGUUCUGAACAGGAAGGACCCAAAACACCAGAUCCUAAGACACUGAGAAGACUUGCUCAGAAUAGAGAGGCAGCGAGGAAAAGCAGGCUCAGGAAAAAGGCGUACGUUCAGCAGCUAGAGUCAAGUAGGAUUAAGCUUAAUCAGCUAGAACAGGAGUUACAGCGUGCUAGAACUCAAGGCAUAUUAAUGGGUGGAAGUGGACUAGUGGGAGGGGAGCAAGGCAUUCCUAUCGCUAUGAGUAGCACUAGCUCAGAGGCUGCAAUGUUUGACGUGGAAUAUUCAAGAUGGUUAGAGGAGCACCACCGCCUAGUGUGUGAGCUAAGAGCUGCAGUGCAAGAACAUCUUCAUGAAAACGAGCUUCGUUUAUAUGUGGACAACUGUUUGGCUCACUAUGAUCAAGUAAUGAACCUCAAGAGCUUAGUGGCCAAAACAGACGUAUUCCAUCUUGUUUUUGGUAUGUGGAAGACCCCAGCUGAACGUUGCUUUAUGUGGAUCGGUGGGUUCAGGCCAUCUGAACUCAUCAAGAUUAUUCUGAGUCAAAUUGAGCCUCUUACGGAGCAACAAAUUCUUGGGAUAUGUGGGUUGCAACAAUCUACACAAGAGGCUGAAGAGGCUCUUUCUCAAGGUCUUGAAGCUCUCAACCAAUCUCUCUCAGACACUAUAGCAUCAGACUCUUUGUGCUGCACUCCCAACAUGACUAACUACAUGGGACAGAUGGCUGUGGCAAUGAACAAGCUCUCCACACUUGAAAGUUUUGUGAGACAGGCUGAUAAUCUGAGGCACCAGACAAUUCACCGUCUGCAUCAUCUUCUAACAACACGCCAAGCUGCGAGGUGUUUGGUGGCAAUUUCUGAGUACUUCCAUCGUCUUCGAGCCCUGAGUUCUCUGUGGUUGACACGCCCUCGCCAAGAGUAA